GUAAGACAUAACAUGUGAUGAAUCAGACUCAAGAGACAGGGAACAUUCGCUGACAGAGAACGGCUGUCUGUAUUUACUGAAAGGAUGGCAGUGUUGCCAAUGGAAGAACCCAUGUGCCUGAUAGGAAACAAGGAAGGGGAAGAUCUAACAGUUAACCAGGAGGCCUUACAGAUCUUAUUGGAAAUCACUCAGCCUGUGGUGGUUGUGGCGAUUGUUGGGAAAUAUCGAACUGGGAAAUCCUAUCUUAUGAACAAACUGGCCGGAGGCAAGAAUGGAUUUGCACUUGGAUCAACCGUCCAGUCGAAGACUAAAGGGAUCUGGAUGUGGUGCGUGCCUCACCCUAUUAAACAAGGCCACACCCUAGUUCUGUUGGACACAGAGGGACUGGGGGAUGUGGAGAAGGGAGACAGCAAGAAUGAUGCCUGGAUCUUCUCCCUGGCUAUCUUACUCAGCAGCACUCUGGUGUACAACAGCAUGGGGACCAUUGACCAACAGGCCAUGGAUAAUCUACAUUAUGUGACAGAACUAACAGAGCGCAUAAAGGUUAAAUCAGAUGAAGCACAAGCAAAGGAAGAGGAUGAAUCCGGAGAAUUCAAGAGGUUCUUCCCAUCAUUCAUUUGGUGUGUGAGGGACUUUACACUAAAGUUAGAGAAGAAUGGCGCCCCAAUCACUGAGGAUCAGUAUUUACUAGAUGCACUGGAACUAAAGAAAGGUGUUGGCAAAAAGGUGCAAGACUACAACCUGCCCCGUCAGUGCAUUCGUCAUUACUUUCAUUCGCACAAAUGCUUUGUGUUUGACCGGCCUGCAUCAAAAGCAGAUCUCCAGAGACUGGAGAAACUACAACAAUCAGAAUUAGAGCCUGAAUUUGUAGAGAAAACCGCCAAGUUUUGUUCUUACAUAUAUGGGAAUAGCAAUGCUAAAACUCUAGUGGGCGGCUACACAGUGACUGGGAGAUUGCUGGGCAAUCUGGCCGUGUCAUACACCGAGGCAAUACGGAGCGGUUCCAUCCCCUGUAUGGAGAAUGCAGUCAUUGCCCUGGCACAGAUUGAGAAUUCUAGAGCCGUGCAGGAAGCUCUGACCAAGUAUGAGGAAGAGAUGAGCAAGCAAAUUGCCAAAUUCCCUACAGAGACCCAGGAAGAGUUUCUCAAUAUUCACCAGGAGUGUGAAAAAGAAGCAACAAAGGUCUUUAUGGGCCUGUCCUUCAAGGAUGAGAACCUGGAAUAUCAGAAACAGCUCAUCCAAGAACUGGUAGAGAAAAAGUACAAAUAUUCUCUAUACAACGAAGAGGAAUCUGCUAAGAAGUGCAAAGCCAUUCUACAGAAACUGAGUGAGAGUCUGGAGAGAGAAAUCUCAGAGGGAAAAUUCUCCAAACCUGGCGGAUACAAACAGUUCAUUGCAGAGAAGGACUUGCUGGUGGAUGAAUACAAUAGAACCAAAGAAAAAGGGGUUAAAGCUCUAGAAAUACUACAGGAAUUUCUUACUGAAAAGAAAAAGGUGGAAGCUGCAAUAUUACAGGCAGAUCAGUCUCUUACGGAUAAAGAGAAGGAAAUAGCAGAACAGAAAGCCCAAACAGAAGCUGCUGAAAGGGAAAAGCAAAUACUGGAGGAGAAUAACAGACGGUUAGAAAAUGACAUGGAGAAUCAGAAGAAAAGCCUGGAAGAACAUAAGAAAAUGAUGGAGGAGAAGAUGGAAGAAGAGAAGAAAAUGAUCUUGGAGCAAAAUGAAUGGAUGAUAAAGGAGAAGCUUAAGGAACAAGAGGACAUGCUGAAAAAGGGAUUUCACGAAGAAUCAGAAAUGCUAAAAGAACAAAUCAGAGAUCUGAAGAAACAAAGUAGCGCGGCUUCCGGAAGGUCUCUGGUUGGGGACAUUCUCGCCGCUGUUCUACUGCCCAUCGCUUUAGCUGGUAGAGGAAGAGGAUUCAAUAGGAGAUGCUGAACAAUCAAAUCACAGAUCAGAGAUACAAGCUCCUCUGAGGCAAAUUUAUUCAUUGUGCUUUUGCUAACUGUGUUUCUUUGUUGUUGAAUAGUCAAACCUUAGGGCUUUUAUUUUAGGGAAAGGGGAACUAUCGAAACUUUUGCAAAUACGGCCAAAAGAGCAUCCCGGACA